AUGAGAAUGAGGUAUCUAAGUAAUAAAUUAGUAUUAUAUAGAUUCUAUAUCAAAGGACGAUUCAAGAGAAUUAUCUAAGGAUUUAUCCAAUUUGAGCAUCCACAAAAAGUCGUGUCUUGUAGAUUCUUAAGUGACGACACUAAAUCUAUAUGGAAUCAAUUUUUGA